UCCUUAUGUACUAAGAGUAGCCUGGGUUCAUAUCUCCCCUUCACCGUCCUUCAUGGACUUGGCGAGAUGUGUAAGAUAUUUCUUUGAAGUUCAAUUUCUGAUUUUUUUCUUACGACAGCAAUUGCCCUGAUGCAGGUUUUCUUCUGUUAGCUGUAACAAGUUCAUGUCUUACCAUCGCCUAUUUUUGGAAGAGAACAAGCAGUCCUAGCCUGUAUGUUAUCUCAUUAGUGAUUAUUGUUCGAGUUGUUUUUUCUGAUAACAGUCAGCUGAAGAUCUCGAGUGUAUUGGGCUUUUCUCUAAGACACGUGGCAGAUAUGUCGAAUUUGGCUGGAAGGGGUAGUAGUUCAAACCGGUUGAAGAGUCUUGCUUUUGAUUUUACUUCCUUUCUGAGAGGUUUUUUGUCAAUAAGUUUGAUAUGAUAUUGCAAAAUACAUGGGCAACAUACUGUCGAAGAUUAUCAAAUGAACACCACGAUUUAAAGUGAGCCAAUAAGCGUCUUUCAUCUGAAUCGUUGCAUUUCCUGUUGUCGUACGUUCCAUAACUACCCAGUUGAGAUAUCUCGAAGAGCCUCCUAGUGCCACCUUUCCCGGACAUGAUCACUUCGUGAGAGAAAGGAAAUUCUGAGCUAUCUUUAUUAUUCCAAUGAAAUGAUAUGCUGCAAAUUACCUUUAGAUAGUCUAGGGUUUUAUAAAUGAUUAUGGAUUUAUUUGCACAUUACUCGUAGGCAGAUUCAAGGUGUCAUCUUGUGACUUGUGACUUACGAAGUAUAUUCAUCAAAUUGAAGUUGAAUUUGUCUUUCCCUGAGGACUGCUUGUGAUUAUUUGUUUGUUUCAAAAAGUCCUUUGAGAAAGUAGGAAAUUAUUCAAGAGAAAUGCCUUCUACGACGCAGUCAUUAAACCGUGUCUGGCAGGCACAGUCAAGGUCUUAUGAACUAAUAUAAUUUAACGCGUGGGGUCUACCUGUGGCGACGAACUUUUCUGCUCUCGAUGUCUUUGUUGCCCUUUCUCAGCACUGUCGAACCAACAUGAUCUGCUCUAGAUCUAUGGCUCAAGCUUCACUGGGUUUCUCCGAUGUGUUCAUGUUUGCUUCUCCCGCCUUAGAUGUCUGAAGUCGCCGUAUCCAGAGAAAGGAGCGCGUGGACAUAAAGUCUGGCGCCAAGAGAGUUGAGGAAGAUUCAACCAGUGAAUCUGUUGAAGAGAUGGCAGCAUUUUAGAAAACAUCUGCAGUCAUCUAGAUAUUCACCUCAAUCAGAAACUUUGUUUAUUAGUCUGCUAUUUUACUGCGAUGCCUGUGAACACCUGCCUUGAGCUGUGUCUCGCUUCUGAACGCAUGAGGAGGGUUUGUGUAGCAGAAAUAGAAUCUAGAAUGCUUUGAUUGAUCGAGUGAUAUCUACCCCGAGUGUCCUCGACGACUUUACCCCAUGUGGCUGUAGCUCAAUGACCUUCCUAUAUCAUUAGCCAGCUACCUCCUCGUUGGUUUAUGUGCUGCGUGAAAAAAAGGUGCCCGGUUCUGUUCUGUUGAUGUGAGUAUGUAAUUUUCUCCUUGAAGUCGAAGGAGUAACUUUGACUUACUUUACUAACCUAUCCGCUGGUUUGAUUGAGUUACAGCGGUCUGUUAUCUUUAGUUUGGACCUUGAGGCAAGGUCACACAGGGAUAUACUAAAUGAGCGGUAAUGACAUGCAUUGGACGCUGUGAUAUGGUGGAUUGUAGAUCUUGGUCCAAGAAUAUUCAUGCAUUCAAGAUCUCCUUGCGAAAGAGCUGUUUCAGUUGAGAUGUUGGCUAACCUAUGAGUAGAACAAUCCAAGUCAACUUUCCACAGUACAGACUAGUUUAAUUCUGUUCACUGUCCGUAAAUGUGCGCAACCUUCUUCCUAGCCUAGACCCGGCCUCGUAUUUCACAGCAUGCAACUAACUCAAUCGUCUUUUGCUGAUUGUGCCUAGAGUAGAGCUUGCCAAAAGAUCUUCGAUCAACAAUGAUUAGUUAAACACCUUGAGCAAGUCAUAUAACCCAUUAUUCGAAUAUGAACUCAUUAUUGACACAGGUGCCUCGUACCCUGGGCUUUUUCCGUAGGAUGCAUGUAAUCUGCUUUGUCCUUACUUGGUGUGCGUAUCACUGCAAGAGUAGCCGUGAAUGGUCUCAAGAGGUCUCAAUAAUCCAGAGUUUCAACGAGCAUCGUGAGGAAGAAAGCCCACCAUUCUCCUGUCGUCUCAUCCUAAAGGGCACGAACUUCCAACAUUGUGCUGGUCUUGGCUCCAAUAAGUGAUUCGGACCUUUGUCUUUGACUUUUCGACAAGCUAGAAGUAGGUAAUCAUGCACAGAAGACACUCAAGACAGUCGGGACGUAAAGGCUGGUACUCCGACGCCCAAUCAGGAAUCCUCCUGUAUAACUCUCUUUCAGGUACUAUUUGCAACUUUUGAGCCAUCGACUAAGCUUUUUUCUUAGACUCGACGUCUAGCCCUUAUGAUUGAUGAGCCCCAGCAACAUGGAACGAGUGACAAGUGGUCUAGUGUGUGAACUACUCAGUCUUUGAAGGUUCUUCAAUGAUUUGUUUCUACACAUUCGGUCCGUAUUAUUUUUGUGUGGGUCUCGUGAUCAAUUAUUUUCACCAUGUGCACGAGUGGUCAAAUAGUGUGGACACGAGCUUGUGCCAAAUUGUCCAGAUACCCAGUUCUCCCGACCACGACAUUGGUUCCGUACGACUGCUCAAGUCCUCAUCAGCGAGCAAUCAACGAAGUCGAUCGUGUCGCAGCGUUCAUGUCUCAGAUUGGUUCGAACCUAGGCAACCUUAGGCCCAAUCGACGACCGAAAUGCUGCACGAGCGACCCACGUUCAAAGCUCUUGAACCGAUCGUUGCCAGCAUGCGCAGCGGGAGAGAGGCGUGCCGGAAGCACAGAGCCUCAAGCCUAAUGAACUUCAGGUUCCGGAUGCCCGUGACCCAAGUCUCCCUGCCGAGUCACGAUCCCGGCAUGAAUCCACCACAGCCGGCUCUGGACGAAGCACUGGAAAAUGUGUACACCGUUUGUGUGGUCACGCCCCCAUGAUUAACAGGUUUUGACUCUAGUCAGCAGGCGAUGGCAUUCUCAGAAUAUUAGCUAGCUUUCUGUAUUUCGGAGGAAUUCCGGCUCGCUAAAUCAUUGAGCUUCAUGAGCCACGAAGCUGCGUACUGAAGUGACGAAGCAGGACAAAGCAGCUGUGAGUGAUGUCACUCGAUGCCCAAGGUUCAGUGUCGAAGCCUGGUGAGGUUGGGUCACCAAGACUGGGGUCGAUAACUGACCGUGUACACAUGUGCUUUUGUGUGGAACUGUUUACCUUUUGAACUGUAAGAACUCAGAAUGUGCUUGGUCUCGCCCAGAGGAAGCAUCGUCCAGCAUCCUUCUUAUCUACGCUGCGCUGCCUAGCUGCCUGGCUGCCUGCCUGGAGUCAGGCUUUUUGUCAAAGGGAAUUUGUCUGAGUGCCCAGUCCAGCACUUUUGAUGCUGACAUAGAACACCUACGCCGAAAGCUGAACCGGAAUGAGCCUAAGGUGGGACUGAGGAGCACCUACGAGGCUCAGGAUCUUAAGAACAGUGAUUCGUUGCCAAAAUGCGACUUCUGAGUUUCCCACCAAAAUAUCGGAAUCUUGGGUACUUUUCGCGCAUUAUUUCUUGCAAGUGGAAUUUUAAUCCAGUC